AGAGAGAGACGCUCACUGGAGCUCGUGCACGUGAUAUCGUCAGGCUAGGUUGUUGUCAAAAACGAGAACAGUUUUAGCAAGUUUUAGGUAUCACUGGCUUUUUCUUUUGGCCGUGAAAUCCCACUUUAAGGGCUCGACUGAUGUUUUUCCCCACUGUUACCCAUAGAGGACCUUAAAGGGGGCUAACGUUAGGCCUAUAUGGCCUCUACAGAGACGAAACAUGAGAUCUGCAGCCCCUUGAUGCCCCGGCGCAACGCUUUGAGGAAAACGUGUGCAGAGAUAGUAAAUGAGGUCAGACAGUCCCUGCGAGUUCAGUCCACCCACCGGCCAUUUACUCCCAGAGAUGGACAUAGACAACUUUUUGGGAGCGCAUCUAUCCGUGACAACAGACCACCUUCUACUUUUAGCCUUCAUGCUCAAAGUUUUGAUGCUUCAGACUCCAGGCCAGGUUCAGGGACUCGCCUCUCUCCUUUGGAUCAUAAGCCAAAGUUUUCAGUCCCCUGCGAUGCUGACGAUCCAUUCAAAGCCUUACCCAAACCUCCUACUAGCCCAGUGAAGGCACGGAGGGGGCUGGCAGGGGCAGGAGUACGAGCACGCCUCCUCAGACCUGGAUCUCUCACCAGGUUACCGCCUUUAGAAGGACACCAAAAUGUGAAAGAGCCACUGAAUGCAGGCCCAGGACAAAAGCAGCUGUCAGCUAAGCAACUUUCCAGUACAGACCACACCGCAGGUUACAGUGGUCCUGUCAAACCCGGCCCUCGCACAGCAGCAAGUGAAAGAAUGGUGCAGAGUGAUGUGGACUCAGGAGUAAGACCCAAAGACUGCAAAGGAGAUAGCACAGCAGAGCCAGAGCAUGGAGACAACAAGGGCAACGCAGAGGAGGAUGCAGAGUCACUGAUGUGGAAAAAUGUGAUCGUUCCUCUCCUUCAAAAACUAGAGAGUGUUGCUGCAGGCGGUUCCGAGGGCUCGGUUGACCGCCUGUGUGAUUUGUGUGACCGUCUCCACGGCACCUUGGCAGAGGCGGACAUGCUCGGUCGGCGCUGUAAGAAGAGGUCAGGGAUACUUCGAACACUGUUCCGACUCAUUGACCUCAACUAUGCCCAGCUCAACAUGCACAUUGCCCAGCUGUGCCUUGCUCUGUGCGUCAGUGGAAACAACCUGCUCAACAUCUGUAAACUCAUCUUCCAGAUCAGCCGCAGUGAAAGCAACGACAUCCUCUUCCAGAACAACUCAGUCAUUGAUUCAUUGCUGAGGAUGCUAAGCAAUGAACAUGUGUCUGCAUCUGGAGAAGCAAUCCUGUAUUGUGUUGGAACUUUGAAAUUUCUCUCUGGAAACGCUGAAAUCCUCAGAAUAUUGCUGGAUAAAAACUUCCUAGGUGUGGCACAGAAACUCGUCCAGAAACUCUGCAUAGUAGAAGAAACCAACCUCCCCAUAGCAGGCCACAUCCUCGUACAGCUGACAACGAUCCUGAGGAAUCUUGCUGAUCUCCAUGAGUCCCGUCCACUGUUUGUUUCAUUCUCCAUACUACCAGCGCUUUGCCAAGUGCUGCGGCAACACUGUGAAGAUCAGGAUGUCUGCAUGAACAUUUCCAGAAUUUACAGUAAACUUUCUUCAUAUUCUGAGUGCCGCCUCGCCCUGGCUCAGACCCCCGACUGCUACCAGCUAUUUUUAGAGCUGUUGAGCAAACAUCACCAAAAACAGGACCUCGUCGUGCGCCUCCUCUUCACCCUCGGGAAUCUCACAGCCAAAAGCGACGAGCCCCGGCUGGAGCUCUUUCAGUGCGACGGCUGCAUGCACACGCUUCUCUGGCUGUACGACAUCUACCAGCGAAAAGAUGGGCCACCUCACACAGUCGUGCAGAAAGGAGCCUCUCCUCCCGUCAGACCACAGGUGGCUGACGACGUGCUGGUGAAGCUGGUCAGGGUGCUGGCGAAUAUGUGCAUCCACCCCGCCGUGGGUCCACCUGUGGCCGCAGACACAGCCUGCAUUCGGCUUCUGAUGGAGACACUUGAGCUGAGGAAAGUGGAGGAGAGUGAGGAGCUGCUAGUCAAUGUGGCCGCCGCCAUCAACAACCUGUCCUUCUACCAGAAAGAGACUUCUGCCAUCAAACACAAUCAGCUCCAUAUUGCAAAGCUGAUGUUGAAGUUGCUCCUCAGCUCUAGUACAGGAGCCAUGCUCGAGGCCGUUCGCGUCUAUGGAAACCUGUCGCAUUACGAGGACGUUCGGAACUUCAUCAUGCGAAACAAAGUGCACCGGUUUGUGGUAACACUGCUCGACUCAAAGAGCAACGAGAUGUGCUUUGCAGCCUGCGGGGUCCUCACCAACCUGGCUCUGGAUCCUCCCAGCAGGGUCUGUCUCACGGUGGAGGGGGCUUCUGCCAAGCUGGUGGACUGUCUGAGAGACUUUGGACUGGGUGAUUGGCAGCUGGCGGGCCAGAUUUGCCAGGCCGUGUGGAACCUGACUGGUGGCAGCUCAGAGAAAGUAUUAGACACCGAGGAGAGAGAAUCGCUGCUGGAGAUCCUCGCUGCAUACUUAGAUGAGGAGGAGGCUCUGAAGUGGACGGAUAACGAGGACUUCAGGGACUUCCACAGAGCAUGUUGGGAGUUAGAGUUCCUACCAGUCGCUCAAAAACUGAUGAAGAUGCUCCAGUCUGCAGAUCUAACAGCCUGAGAAAGUCGGGCGUGGAGUUUUGUGUCAGCAAAAACUGAAUUUAUACUUUUACAAUCAAACACGCCACCACCUGCAGCUUUGUAUAGCUGGCUGUAAAGUUUUGCAGUUUCCUUUUUGUGCAGAAAACACACGAGACCAGAGCUGAAAUGAGCUCAGCCGACUCCUGCACUAUAAUCCUCUAAAUAUGCUGAAUAUGCUCCACAUAGCCGUCAUGUUUUCCACCAAGGGUGAAGUUACAGCCAGUAAAGUUUAAAGGCUGCAGACCAGACAGGCCAAUAUGAAACACUUAUACUGUAAAUGCAUAAAAUGUCUCAGGUUUUAAUUUAUCUAAUCAUACAGGUAAUAAUCCAGGAUAUAGCAAGCAGGCUUAAUGUAAACUGUAAAAAAAAUUAAAAAAAAGGUGGUGUGUGUGGAUGUGAUAUUUGUUGAGCCCUUUAUACUUUGGAACAUGUAUGGACACAUAUUUGCAUAUCAUCCACUUUCAGUUCCACAAACCUUUCAAGGGUUUAUCACGCACAAAAACAUGUUUUUGCACACUCAUAUGACUGGCUUUGCACUGUAUUGUACAGUACAUAAUGUUUUAUGUUGUUUUAAAAAACAACAGAUGACCGACCUGGAAUUUACCUCAUGUGUAAAUCUUUUAUCGUUUGUGGAUCGUGUGGCAUUUGAACUUGUACUUAAUAAAAAAGCAUAGCAGAUGAAGAGCAGAAAACACGUUUGCUUUAUUAUGACACAGAUAUGGGGCCAGGCAGUGCUUACAGAGUUACACCAAGUAGCCUAAACAUACAGCAUUUCAAAAAUCACACUGUUAUUACAUUGAAACAAAUCAGAAACGGCACUUAAUGUUGAACUCCCACCCCAGUUUUCUCACAACGGUGACCUUGAACAACCACAAAACAAGCUAAUGCUUCAAAACCUGGUAAAACAAUCCGAUAGCCAGAAAUGACAGCAAACAUUGUUCUAUACAUAGGAUUUCUCAGCAUGAUAUGAGCGACAGGUGGCUGUCUGAUUUAAAAAUGUAAAAAAAAAAAAAAAAAACGUUCCUGUUUUGUAUUAUCGUGGGGAAAAAUGUAAAGGCCAGUGGGGAGGAACGCUGAGUUUCUGCUGGUGAUUUUACAUUGACAGACUUCUGCGGCCUCGACGGGAAUCACCCUGAACUUCUGACAGACUUCCAGCCUCAUCUGGAGAGCGAAACACUUUUUCCCAGAAAGGUGUGACACAGAGGCAAACAGGAAAGUGAGGUAACUUGACCUACAAGGAAAUCCCCUCCUUUGAAUCGAGACAAAAGCUGGUAGGGAGCAAAGAGAAACUUUAAGUCUCAACCGCACCACAGGAAGGGGGACUACACACUUCUGAUACAGUAAAAUGAAAUUCACAUCAAAGUCCCUAGACUGUACUGACGGCAGACUGAACUAUACCCCUGGGUCCAGCCUGCUGUUGGUGAAGUCAGCUUCAUUAUCAGAGAGCAAGUAAAUCUCCUGUGUCAAUUCACAAGUCAUCUUUUGCAUAACAGCGCUCAGAUAUCCUUACUAAUGACUACGGGCAAUUUAAUUUCCUGUUCUUGUGCAUCUGAGCGAGCUGUGAACUGAUGGUGACACCGAUUGUGCUUUGAAUGUUUGAUUCCUGAACUGCAUUUCUCCACAUUUUAUACAAUCUUAUUGAUGAAGAAACACACGUUACAUUGUUUUGGGAAAAAGCUACAAAAUGAUACACAACAAUUUAAUAUUAGUUUAUUAUUUUUUUUAAUCUUUUUUUCAUAUAUUUCCAUAUAAAAAGUGUCAGUAACUGACAGUCAGAAAACCUCCUCUCAAAACACUUGCAAAUGUACCAUUCCUUUUUCAUCAGAGUCCUCAUCAUCAUAGUCACUCAUUCAUCCGUCACCUGUCUCAAAUCCAGCCUCAGAAGAAUGCAGUACUGAAAUGAUUAACAAAGAAAACAAACCGUAGAGGUUUCACACCUCUGUUCAAAAUAAAGA